CGAUGCAGCAUAGAAAAAUCUGGAUUUUCUGUCCUUAUUAGGAUCUAACGAGCUGUCUUCAUUUAGCGUGCUCUUUUAGUUCUUAUUUUUAGUGUAUAGCACCGGAUCCUGUAUUUCGGUGGACAUUUAGCAUAGCGAACGGUGGAUCGCUGUGUUUGGUGUUCAGGACCGGGGAUGCCCAGAAUCAGCUCUGUUGCCCUCGCCAGCAAGGUUACGCGGAGAGGUGUUUGUUUGCCAUUGCCCUCACACUGCCCGACAGCGAAGUGCUGACAGUCCGUGCAAAAUUAAGUGUGUGUGGGAGCGGUAAUGUCCUGCAAGUGGGAAAGCCGUCAGCCCGGAGCGGGGAGCGGUGAAUGAGUUUUGAAGGUCAUUCCCCGUCGGGUGCCGAUAUUGGGCGUCUCGCUGAGCUCCGUGGUGCUCCUCGCCCGGGCGGUCUGUGCGCCUGUUGGCUCUAAUUUAGGAUUGCUAUUUUUGCUCAGAUGUGGAGAGCCGCAUGAAGCAGCGGUGUGGUGCACACCUGUGCUCUGGAGGAGGUUGGCAGUGCAUUCCCCUGGCUGCAGUGGGUCUGUGCUGUGUGACUCCGGGCUCUGCCUUGCAUCCCGGGCACCAGCACGGUGCUCCUGAGGGCUGUCGUUGAGCCCUCAGGUUGAGCUCAAUAAAAGCUGCGUGAGUAGUGCUCGUGUGCUGUGUGAUAAUGACUUAAAUAAAGUUGCUUUUAUUUGAUUACCACCAGUUUACCUUGGUGAUGUUCCUGUGUUGAAGCAGUUCCUUCUCUGUGCUCGGGUGCCUCCUCCACCUCCUCUGCCCCACUGUUCCCCCCAGCAGCCAAAGGAGCAGCAGAGGAGCAUGGCUCAGGGCCGGCUCCUGCUGGUACCCAGCUGUGGGGGGCAGCUGCUCCAUGCCCCGCAAACAGCUUGGGUUUUGUCCGAGGCUUUGUGCAGAGAGCAGGAGGAUGAUGUGCUGUGCUGCAGCACGGGGAUGGAGCUGUGCCUGCGGCUCUUGGGCACUCGCAGGGCUCCUGCUGUGGGUGAGCACGAAGCGCUGUCCCCUCUGCUCUUGGAGCUUCUCGUGUCUCAGCAGCAGCACAGUGACAGCUGCAGUGGGGCUCUGCAGAGUGCUCUCGCUGCUGUGGAUGCUCUCCAGGCUGUCCCCGCUCCCAUCACUGCCCCGAUGUGGGUCUGCUCUGCCACGUCCCUGUGCUCACCGCCCCGCAUCUCCAGGCACGGGGGAGGCAGUGCCACAACAAUUGGAAUAAAGCGAGCAUUGAGGAAGGCAGAAAUGCUCCGGCGCUGCGGUUUCUGUGUGACUGAGCUGCUUGUCCCAGGGAAUGUUUGAGAUUCUUCGUGGUGCAGUCAGUGGUGGCAAAAGGGCCUGAAAUAAUGAACCGUUUGCCAUCGUUUGGUGAGUCAAGUAUUUGCCUGGGCAGACAGUGCUGCUUUGUUUCUGAACUCACUCGUGCUAUGAGAACGUGGAGACGUGAGAGAAAAAAUACGAAAUGAGGUUUCCUAGGUUCAGAAUGUGACAGCUCCCUUACGUAAGGCCUCAAAUAAAUGGAAAAGAGCACUUGGACUGAGCCCCCGCUUCCCACGUGAAGCACAAAGUUCAUUAGGGACUCAACAGGGCCAUUAAUAACCGUCAGCACAAUGGAGAAGCUCGGCUCUUUGCAGCACAGGCUGUUGUGAAGGUUAUUUGCUCGUUAUCCUUCGUGCUUCUGAUCGUUUCCAACUGCCCAUGCUGGGAAAUAGGUUGGCAGAGCGCUGCAUGGAGCUGAGAGAGAUGCCAAGGGACAAUACCUGUUCGACCUCCUGUGCCACCACCUGAACCUGCUGGAGAAGGACUACUUCGGCAUCCGCUUUGUGGACCCCGACAAGCAGAGGCAUUGGCUGGAGUUCACGAAGUCGGUUGUGAAGCAGAUGAGGGCCCAGCCGCCCUUCACCAUGUGCUUCCGUGUCAAGUUCUACCCCACGGACCCUGCGGCGCUGAAGGAGGAGAUCACCAGGUAUUUAGUCUUCCUGCAGAUCAAAAGAGACCUCUACCACGGUCGCCUCCUUUGCAAGACCUCAGACGCCGCGCUGCUGGCCGCCUAUAUCCUUCAAGCUGAGAUUGGUGACUACGACCCCGGGAAGCACCCGGAGGGCUACAGCUCCAAGUUCCAGUUCUUCCCCAAGCACUCGGAGAAGCUGGAGAGGAAGAUUGCGGAGAUCCACAAAUCAGAGCUGAGCGGGCAGACGCCGGCCACUUCGGAGCUGAACUUCCUAAGGAAGGCGCAGACCCUGGAGACGUACGGCGUGGAUCCCCACCCCUGCAAGGACGUGUCGGGCAAUGCAGCAUUCCUGGCCUUCACCCCCUUUGGGUUCGUCGUCCUGCAGGGGAACAAGAGAGUGCACUUCAUCAAGUGGAAUGAGGUGACCAAGAUGAAGUUCGAGGGGAAGACGUUCUACCUGUAUGUGAGUCAGAAGGAGGAAAAGAAAAUUGUCCUCACCUACUUCGCCCCAACACCUGAAGCCUGCAAGCACCUCUGGAAGUGCGGCAUAGAGAACCAGGCCUUCUACAAGUUGGAGAAGUCGAGCCAGGUCCGGACAGUGUCCAGCAGCAACCUGUUCUUCAAGGGGAGCCGCUUCCGAUACAGCGGCCGCGUUGCAAAAGAGGUGAUGGAAUCCAGCGCCAAGAUCAAGCGGGAGCCGCCAGAGAUCCACAGGGCCGGGCUGGUGCCGAGCAGGAGCUGCCCCUCCAUCACCCACGGCCCCCGGCUGAGCAGCGUGCCGCGCACCCGCAGGAGGGCUGUGCACAUCUCCAUCAUGGAAGGCCUGGAGUCGCUCCGUGACAGCGCCCACUCCACGCCGGUGCGCUCCGCAUCCCACGGCGACGCCUUCGUGCCCCACGGCCGCGGCGGCCGCGCCGAGAGCAGCGAACGCGUGGCCAUCAUCGCCGACGAGAGCUACAGCCCUGCCGACAGCGUGCUGCCCACGCCGGUGGCCGAGCACAGCCUGGAGCUGCUGCUGCUGUCCCGGCAGCUGAACGGAGCCCCGUGCAGCAUCGAGGAGGAGAAGGAGUCGGAGGCCGGCACGCCCGGCACGGAGCCCGAGGAGCCGCGCGAGCUGCGCGCGUUGUGCCAGGGUGCCGGCAGCGGGCCGCGGGCGGAACAGGUGAAUAAGUUUGUUUUAAGUGUCCUCCGUUUGCUCCUCGUGACAGUGGGACUCCUCUUUGUCUUGCUCCUCCUCCUCAUCGUCCUUACCGAGUCAGACCUUGACACUGCCUUUUUCCGCGAUAUCCGCCAGACCCCCGAGUUCGAGCAGUUCCAUUACCAAUACUUUUGUCCCCUCAGGCGAUGGUUUGCCUGCAAGCUCCGCGCCGUGGUGGCUCUGCUCACUGACACCUGAGGCCCCGCGGCCCCAGCUCCCUUCGUUCCGCAGGAGAAGAGCGGAAGCGCUGCAGGGGUCCCCGUCCCUGCGGGGUGCGGUGGGAGAACCGAAUAAAGAGAGGAAUUUAUUUUGCUAUUAACGCUCAUCCUUGCGCCAGCAUCUUCCCAGGCGCUGCAGGGCGCAGGAUGGUCCCCAUGUCACCGUGCUGCAGGACCCCCGUGCCGCCCUCUGGGGACCCCAGCAGCGCCACGGCCCCGCGCUCAGCUCCUUUUGUACAAAAGAAGACUGUUUCGAGGUCUAUUUUAACAACGAGAAGCUAUUUUGUUAUUGAUCCUGAGUCUUUUUUUUACUUUCCACCCGGAGCGAAGGCGGUGCGGAGGGGCUCCACGGGGCGGCGGAUGCUUUGCAACCCAUCUGCCACGCUCCUGGUUUGGGAUACAGAGAGGAGCGGUAAUUUUAGGACUUUCCUGAAGACAAAAGGACAGCGCUGCAGGGGAAGAGGUAACGCUGGAAAGCCACCGGACAGCCAUCGCUCUCCAUCCGUCCUUAAGCAAAAACACGCCGAUAGCUCGUGGCACGCGUGGAGCCGGGCAGCGAUGACAGCCCUUCCCUGCAGCAAUAACGCCGGUCUGGGCGCGCUGGGGCUGCCGCUGGACACGGGGCGAGCGGCCGAGCAGCUCUACUUCAUCUCAGGGAGAGAUCUCACAGCGCUGGGGCCAUCGCUGCCGCGCUCAGCAGAGCCGCGGCCGGCACAGGGCACAGCCAUGCAGUGCCACGACAGCUGUGCGGUGCCGCACUGCGGCCACAUGGUGACACACAGCUGCCAAUGCCCACAGUGACACACGGCUGCCGUGCGGAGACCCGCGUGAUGGCCCAGGCGGUGCCACAUGGCUGCCACACGCAGCGCCGCACAGCAGGACGGCUGCGCUGUGCCACCACGUGGCCACCGUCCCCAAAGGCCGCCGCUGCCGCGCUGUCCCCGUGACCCCGUUUAUGCAACGUAGCCGAGUUCACUCGUAGUGUAGUGUUCCUACCUCAGCCCGUAGUCAGUGUGUCUAUGCAGUGCGUGGUAGCCCCUGCCCGGUGCCGCAGCACCGCCGACCUCGGCCUCCUCCAUCCGCUUCCUUUCGGACAGCGAUGCCAUCAGCCCCACGGAACCCCGCCGUUCUCACCCGGUAUUUUACCACCCAGACCCCGAGCAAUGGGUGACGUCCAUGCUAUGUAUGUCCCAGCACCUGUUAGUUUUACGUCUUUAUAUUCGGGUGUUGUUCCCGUAGGUUCUCAUACCCAACAAAAACGGAGUCGUAGCGUACUGCAUCUUUGCGCAGUAGAUGGUGAAAUACCUGAAAAUGUGAAUUUCUUAGUUUUCAUAAGAAAAACCUAGGAAUUAACCUUUCAUGUGCCAAAUACUGUAAGCUACAUUUUCCUUCAAAAUGUACCUUUUUCUACAUAUUCGAUAUCUUAGUGAGCAUAAAAUCAUUGGUGCCAUGAGAAGUAUUUUUAAAUUGAAAUAAAUAUUUAAAUAUCAUGGGAAAAAAGGAAACAAAAACAAAA